GAAAAAAAAAAAGGAAAAAAAGGACGAGGGAUACCUGACGGAGCAAGCCAGCCAGACCAGGAGGAAAAAGCAACGAUGGGGACAAACCCAAAAAGCAAAAAAAGCGAGAAAGAAGUAAAAAAAAAGCAGAGCAAAAAAAAGAAACGAGAGAGUCGAAAAAAUAAAAAAAAGGCGAACAAGAGAAGGAGAAGAAGCAGCAGCAGAAGAAGAAGAACGGAUAUGUGGAUGUGGAUGUGGAUGUGGGCGGGCAAAGAAGCAAAUAUAGUGCAAAAAAGGGGAUGGAUGUUUGCAAAAAAAAGGGGGGGAGAAGAAGAAGACACAGACACGACAGCCAGAGAGACCAUCGACAGGCGCAGAAAGAAGCAGAACCAACCUCGCUCUGGACAAGGGGAGGAGAGGGAGGGAGGAGUGGGAGAUUUGCGUUUACUUUUCGUGUCACGGACGGAGACUAACGUCGAGCAUCAGACAGAACAAGCCGAUAGUCUCGUUGGAAGGGGGAUGGUCUACCGGACUUUGACCUGGGGGAUGGACACCAACUGUCUCCCUCCACUCUCUCUCUCCUCCCCCUUGAGAUGA